AUGAUGCCACAAACAGUGCGUUGCUUGCACAAUCUAGCUCGGGAAAACAGACGGGCAAGUUCUUCAGACUUAGCUCCGGGCUUAUCAAUGGAAAUUGGAGUUUCUGUGAUAGCUCAGACAGUGCGAAGGACAUUGCUUAAUGUCAACCUCUAUGGAUGGCGCCUGAGAAAAAAUCCUUUGCUUGCUCUUCUGCACAAAACUGAAAAGAAGAGAAAAAUAUUACCCAUGCCAGUAGAGCUUAGCUCCUGUAGCAACACAGUUAACUUUCUGGAUCUACCACGAGAGAUGAUUGAUCAUGUGAUUUCCUACCUCUCCGUGCAUGAUGUUGCGCUCCUUGGAGAGACAUGCCGUUUUAUGCAGCAGUUUUGCAACAGCCCAUUAGUCUGGAAAAGAAUCUUCCACAGGAUCAGUCCCUAUAGCAGAGUUAAGGAUAAAAACUGGAAGAGAGCUGCCAUUCUGAACUAUACCAAGGGAAUGCACUUCCAGUCAUUUAGAGGCCGGAAGCAAGCUGUGCAACAUAUUGAUCCCCCUACCAUAGCAAAUGGGAUCAAGCGUUUCCUGCCCACAAAGGAAUAUGGAUUCAUAUUGGACGAUGAAGACAUUCUAUUUCUUCAAGUCAAUCCUCUGGCAUUCUCCCAUUAUAUAUCAGUGUGCAGGAAUGUCAAAGAUUUUUCCAUAGGACCUGGGAUUGAUGGAGACGAUCAAAAGUGCCUUUAUGUCAUAACCUCAUUCAAUUGUCUGAAGAUCUACUCUAUGCCCACUUGUCAAAAAGUUUUCGAGAUGAUGUUUGGCCCACUAAUUAAAUUCAAGCAGCUAGUUGUGCUUGGGCCACCGUCAAGAAGAAUAUUACUGUUUGUAACAGAGGCGGGAAAAGUUUACAGUCUGGUGCCAGAUGAGAUUGAGAUGAGACAACGACAACCCUACUCUGGACAGAUAAUAUUUCAACAAGUAUCACAGUGUCUGUUGAACAAAGCAGUUACCCAGAUUUACACCAACCAGGACCGGGUCAUUUAUGUAACUGAUCAAGGUAUAUUUUAUUGUGAGGUUCAGUCAUCUGCUAUGGACACCAAUUUAUUUGCUAAUUUUCAUUCUUUGGAGCAAAUUACGCCCUUGCCACUCAUUCACAGUAAGAUCGUGAAAUGUUCCAUUGGGUACAAUCACCUAGCGAUGGUGGAUGAUUUCGGCAGAAUUUUACUUCAAGGAAACAACAAAUAUGGACAACUGGGAUUAGGGGACAGAUUCUACAGAGAGAAACCUACCCAGGUGCCAGGCUUGAGGUGCCCAGUAGACAUCUGCUGUGGUCUACACCAUACGUUAAUACUAAUGCAAAAAACAGACAAAAAAGAACUUUAUGGCUGUGGAGUUGGGUGCCGUCUCCCUGGAUCCCGAAAGGGAAGUUCGACAUUUAUCAAGCUGAAUGUUAAGGUUCCUGCUUGUACACGUUUCAUUUAUUCUACACGUGAACAUCUGUACAUGAUAUCUACAUUUGACACCGAUGAAAUAUCUCCAUACAGACCAAUCAUUAAGAAGAUCUCAAUUUCAUAA